ACCAGCCCCAUUUCUUCAAUAGUGCUGUCGCAUCGUUCCCCGCCGCCAUUGCACAUUAUAUCUCCUCCUGCGCAUAUCCUCUGUAACGCUUGUCAUACUUCUAGUUUGCGCGUGCAUCAGGAAUCAUGGCGCUUCCAACCUGGGGCAGUCCUGUCAACUACGAGGAGCAAGAAGCUGCCUUUGUGGAUUUCCUCAAGAAUUACAAAUCGUCCUCGACCGAAGCUGCAGAGCAGCUGGAGAGUUUGAACAUCAAUGCCGAUGGAGAUAGCGACGAGUAUGACAUGGUAGAUGACUCGGACGACCCUGCAGCGAACGCUCAGCAGCGCAAUCGUCACGGCAAAGCCAAAUACAUGCAAAUGUUGCAAGACGUUUCAGAUAGGAUACGGCCGGAGAUAAUCAUUGACUUGAACGAUCUCGAAGAGUAUGAGAACGGAAUGGAGGAAGGCUCAUUGAAGCUCAUAGAAUCCAUUGAACGCAAUGCGCAUCAUUAUCUCGAGAUUUUCUCAAGGGCAGUAGACAAGGUGCUUCCUGAGCCCGUAAGAGAACCGAACUUCAAAGAUGAUGUUCUGGAUAUCAUCAUGACCCAACGCUCUAAGCGUAACGAAAGGAUGCAAGAGAUGCAGGGCGCUGAUGAUGGCGCACCUUUAGCUCCGGAGUCUAUUUUCCCUGCAGAACUUACUCGAAGAUACACCCUCAACUUCAAACCUAGGAUACCUUCAGGCGCGAGCAGCCAGCGGAGUACGAAGGCCUUGGCUGUGCGAAACGUGCGAGGCGAGCAUCUCGGCCACCUUAUCACCGUGCGUGGUAUUUCCACAAGGGUAUCAGAUGUUAAGCCUUCGGUGCAAGUCAAUGCCUACUCUUGCGAUCGCUGCGGAUCCGAAAUUUUCCAACCGGUCAACACAAAACAAUUCACCCCCAUGGUUGAAUGUCCGUCAGAGGAAUGCAAGAAGAACAACACCAAGGGCCAACUAUUCCUGUCUACGCGCGCUUCAAAAUUCCUACCUUUCCAAGAGGUGAAGAUCCAGGAAAUGGCCGACCAGGUACCCGUCGGUCACAUCCCAAGACAGCUAACCAUUCACUGCCAUGGUGCUCUCGUGCGCCAGAUAAACCCUGGAGAUGUCAUCGAUGUUGCUGGAAUUUUCCUCCCCACGCCCUACACUGGAUUCAAGGCUAUCCGAGCGGGUCUUCUUACCGACACUUACCUUGAGGCACAGCACGUUAUACAACACAAGAAAGCCUACGAUGAUAUUGUGCUUGCUCAACCGACAUUAAAGCGGAUGAACGACUUAGAGCGUACAGGCCAACUGUAUGAAUAUUUGUCCCGGUCCAUUGCUCCCGAGAUUUUCGGUCACGUUGAUGUGAAGAAGGCUCUUCUCCUGCAGCUCAUUGGAGGUGUCACCAAGGAGGUGGGUGAUGGAAUGCGAAUCCGUGGUGACAUCAACGUGUGCUUGAUGGGCGACCCUGGUGUGGCUAAAUCUCAACUUCUCAAAUACAUCACCAAAGUCGCUCCCCGAGGUGUCUAUACUACUGGUCGAGGAAGCAGUGGCGUCGGUCUCACUGCAGCCGUUAUGCGGGACCCUGUCACUGAUGAGAUGGUUCUUGAAGGAGGCGCGCUCGUUUUGGCCGACAAUGGCAUGUGCUGUAUCGAUGAAUUCGACAAAAUGGACGACAGCGACCGGACGGCCAUUCACGAAGUCAUGGAGCAGCAGACCAUCUCGAUCAGUAAAGCCGGAAUUACAACGACACUGAACGCUCGUACAUCCAUCCUCGCAGCCGCUAAUCCGUUAUAUGGACGCUACAACCCCCGCAUCUCUCCUGUGGAGAACAUCAACCUUCCUGCAGCAUUGCUUUCCCGUUUUGACGUGCUUUUCCUUAUUCUUGAUACCCCUUCACGCGACUCAGACGAGGAGCUUGCUCGCCACGUAACACAUGUCCAUAUGCAUAAUGCCCAUCCGGAAUCAUCCGAGGGAGUCGUUUUCUCACCUGCUGAAGUACGACAAUGGGUAGCCCGAGCCCGUUCAUUCAGGCCAGUCGUACCCAAAGAAGUGUCGGAUUACAUGGUCGGCGCGUAUGUGCGCAUGCGACAGCAACAAAAGCGCGAUGAGGGUACCAAGAAGGCCUUUACCCAUACGUCGACCCGUACCCUACUUGGCGUUCUCCGUCUAUCACAGGCUUUGGCACGCCUUCGAUUCGCCAGCGAGGUCAUUUCCGAAGAUGUUGACGAGGCAUUACGCCUUGUAGAGGUCAGCAAAGCCAGUCUGUACACCGACGAAAACCGCAGGGAUGAUCACACCCCGAGCAGCAAAAUCUACCAUCUCAUCAAGACAAUGGAGGCAAGCGGUGCUGCCGCUGUUGGUGACGGUAGCCGCGGCGAACUUGACCUCCGCAGGGUACGCGAGAGAGUGCUCGCCAAAGGUUUCACCGCGGAUCAGUUCGAGCAGGCAAUUGACGAGUACUCCGCACUGGACGUUUGGCAAACGACUGGAGAAGGCACUAGACUUGUUUUCAUUGAAGCUGGUCUUGAUGACAUGGACGAUGAUGACUUUUAAGAUAUGCAAUAGUAUGUAUAAAGGGCCGGGAGUUGUGGUGUGGUGAGCUUAAGUCAUGGCGUUUCUAGAACCUGGAUAUCAGGUGCGUGACUACAUUAUGUUUGGCAGUGAGUAGGGCGAGGUUCACUCUCCAAGGCGAUGCCACGUUAAACUCUGAAAUCAAUAUUCAAAACCUGUCUGUCCAUAGCAAUCGGUGCGAUUGAACUUGUUUUGCUCUAUAUCUGGAGCGCAAACUGUUAGAUACAAACGGGAGGUGGUUAUCUCAUGCCAAGAAACCAGUGCCAGGCGGGGAUACUCUUCCCAUACGCUUCCGCU